GCCUGGCUGCCUGAGGCCGCCAAUCAAUCCCACCAAUGCGCCCCCCACCGUCUAACAUCUCACUAGGUUUAUGGUCCGCCUCAACUCUUCCCGCCACUCUCCUUGCCCACACAUCUCUUUGCCCGCCCCUCUCCUUACCCGCUUAUGGAUGUGAGGCUAGAUGAUGUCCCUUGAGGAGGAUGGCACAUCGCAAGAACCCGGCCAGAUCGAUAUAUUACAUAGCAACGAGCUCACUAUGUUACUGCAUGGUCACAAGAAGACUCUCAACGUCCAUGGAAGAAUAUCUAUACUCUGGUUGGAGAUGCCGAUGGGCCUACCGAUGUUCUGGACUCUGUCCCAGACCGGCCAUUUCAGAGAUGUCCUCAGUAAGCAUUAUCGUUCGUAUUCAUGGAGCACUUCAGCAUACCAGCACGUGGCCACGCACACUAAGUCUCCCUAGAUUUAAAAGUUCGCAUACUUGUCUUGCACCGAUACGCACAUUCCGUCUAUUGCAUCUCAAAAUGCAAAUCAUGGGCAUCGUGGCAGUCAUCGCAACCUCAUUAUCGAUGACGUUACCUUUCUUACUGCCAUCCUUCGCCGAAAUCCCACUGUGUACUGGACGAGCUACAGCGGGAAUUACGUGCACACCGUGUUGCGUAUCCACACAUACACUUCCCGGCACCUACUUCCAAGAUAGCUUCGGGCCCGGAAACGCUGAUAUUCGGUGAUGAAGCUGCGAAAGAUGAAAGGACAUAGAAUACCACAUAUGGUUGGGUCUGCUGACUCGGAGGGUUAGGAAUGACGAGGUUCAAGACUGCUUGUAGAUAAUUUAUUGUUCUUCAUUCAAGUCCAUUUCGUCUGAGCCUCAAGCUUCCUUCUUCUGGUAACUCCAAACGCCAGCAACGAAGAUGAUUGCAGGCUUGUGUGGCCCAGACGAUUGAACGUUGAACCCUGUCUUAAUUGUGAG